AUGGACCCGGGCGGUGAAGAAGUGCGGCCUCGAGCGAGCAGCGAGUAUUCAAGCUCAAAUGCGGGGGAUACUAGUGACAGUUCAGCGAAUAAUUGGGAAAUCGAGCUUGCUAGACUUGACUCGAUCGAUCCCUCUGAUCUACUUUCGCAGACUCUGCAUAAACCAGAAGAGCAACGAAGAUCAAAGGAACAGCAACAGGAAGAGCAACAGGAAGAUCAACAGGAAGAUCAACAGAAACAGGAAUAUCAACAGCAACAGGAAGAGCAGCAGCAGCAGCCGGAAGAGCAACAGCAACCCGAAGAGCAGCGGCAACCCGAAGAGCAGCAGCAACCGGGAGAGCAACAGCAACAGGAAGAGCAACAGCAACAGGGAGAGCGACAGCAACGGGAAGAGCGACAACAGCAACCACGGAGACCUAAGCCUUGGCACAUCAAUCCUCCGAAACAUCAUACUCUUCCUCCGGAGAACAAAGUGCUCCGCUGUCUCCACUUUCUGGUCUUCGGCUAAUCAGCGUUGGAGAAAAACACGAGCUAUUGUGACCGCAACCGGAUAUCGUUUUACUGCCGACGAUCUGUAGUCGAACGCACGUCAGCCUAGCUGCGUCUUUAGCCAAGCCGCCGCAUGCAAUUGCUUAGACGAAGCAAAAGGGUACUUUUCACCAACUAUUUCAUUGCCCGCCAAGUCUCAGAUGUCGGUUGAAAGACAGCCCGCCUUAGCCAGAAGACCCGAUGCG